AUGUUUUAUCAGUCGAUCGGGAAUGAGAUAAUCAAUAUCUCACUUUUCUUCAGGAAGCAUAAAGAUCGUAGGGAUGAUAUACCAAACUGUCCAUCUAUCGAGGACAUUAGUGAUAUGCCAAUACCUAAUGAAAUUCUACCGCCCGAGAAAACGGAAACUAGUAAUGUCAUAACUGAUUCGUCAAUCUCGAAUGCUAAAUUACCGAAUGGUACAAUACAAUCGCAAACGACAAGCACUGCGCAAGAGAAUUCAACAAAAUCGACGGGUCAUGAAACGUCGAUAGUACCAAAACGGUCCCAUCGAAAUUAUCGCAAACGACAACGACAUUGGCGGAAAAGCAGCAAGCGUCAUAGUUCAUCCAUUUCAAAUAGUGAAUUUGCCAUCCAGGGUCCAGCUUCCGAAAGACGUGAUGAUAUCCCGAUGUGCCCAGAUAUAUAA